AUGGCGUAUCCUGUGACGAAAGCAGCCCAGCAAGUCGUGAAGGAGCUCCACGGAGUCGUUGUUUCAGCAGGGCUCAUGCAGAAGACUGUCAAAGUACGCGUUGGCGGGCAAAAAUACAACCGCAAGGUUCAAAAAAUGUUCACGACCCCCAAAAGCUAUCUCGUACACGACCCAAACUCUUCCCUGCGCACCGGUGAUGUUGUCUCGAUCAUGCCCGGCUGGCCGACAUCUCAGCACAAGCGACAUGUUGUGAAACAAAUCAUUGCUCCGUUCGGAAUCCCCAUUGAGGACCGACCCCCUGUGCCAUCUGCAGAAGAGCGGAUAGCUCUGCGAGACCAAAAGAAGGCCGAGAAGGACGUGCGAAGGGAGUCUAGGAGAAAUGAAGCUAGAGAGGCGAAAUUGCUCGAGAAGGCAGAGCGACUCCGAGCUCGCAACGAAGAGGCGCACGCUGAUGCUUCGUGA